AUGUCUGGGCCCACCACGUGCUGCCGCCGCUUUCCCCUGCUGCUCGUCUUGCUCCUCUUCCUCCUCGCCGGCGAGGGCCGCUCCCAGCCGGCCGCCGGCACCGGCCCCGGCCCCAGCGACCGCGACACGCUGCUCGCCGUCAAGAAGGAGUGGGGCAGCCCCCCGCAGCUCAAGUCCUGGGACCCCGCCGCCGCCCCCAACCACUGCAACUGGACCGGCGUCAGGUGCGCCACGGGCGGCGGCGGGGUCGUCACCGAGCUUACCCUGUCCAGCCUGAAACUCACCGGCUCCAUCCCGGCAUCGGUGUGCGCGCUCAAGAGUCUCACCCGCCUCGAUCUCUCCUACAACAACCUCACCGGUGCCUUCCCCGGCGCCGCGCUGUACGCCUGCGCGGGGCUCACCUUCCUCGACCUCUCCAGGAACCAGUUCUCGGGGCCGCUCCCGCGCGACAUCGACCGCCUCUCGCCGGUGAUGGAGCACCUCAACCUCUCCACCAACAGCUUCACCGGAGUGGUGCCGCCCGCGGUGGCGGGGUUCCCGGCGCUCAGGUCCCUGCUGCUCGACACCAACAACUUCACGGGCGCGUACCCCGCGGCCGAGAUAAGCAGCCUCACCGGUCUCGAGACCUUCACGCUGGCCGACAACGCGUUCGCGCCGGCGCCCUUGCCUGCGGAGUUCGCCAAGCUGACCAACCUCACCUAUCUCUGGAUGGACAGAAUAAACCUCACCGGAGAGAUCCCGGAGGCUUUCUCCAGCCUCACGGAGCUCACUACUCUGUCCUUAUCGUCGAACGAGCUCAACGGCUCGAUCCCGGCAUGGGUGUGGCAGCAUCAUAAGCUCCAGUUCAUCUACCUGUUCGACAAUGGCCUCUCUGGCGAGCUGACGCGCAGCGUGACAGCGUUGAACUUGGUUCAGAUUGAUUUGUCGUCGAAUCAGCUCACCGGAGAGAUACCGGAAGACUUCGGCAAUCUCAAGAACCUCACCCACCUGUUUCUAUACAAAAACCAGCUCACCGGCACCAUCCCGGCGAGCAUCGGGCUGCUACCACAGGUCAGGGACAUCCGGUUGUUCCAAAACCAGCUUUCCGGGGAGCUCCCGCCGAAGCUGGGCAAGCACUCGCCGCUGGGCAACCUUGAGGUGUCCGUCAACAACCUCUCUGGCCCGCUGCGAGAGUCGCUCUGCGCCAACGGGAAGCUCUACGACAUUGUCGCCUUCAACAACAGCUUCUCAGGCGAGCUCCCCGCGGAACUCGGGGACUGCAGCACUUUAAACAACCUGAUGCUCCACAACAACAACUUCUCCGGCGACUUCCCGGAGAAGAUAUGGUCGUUCCCGAAGCUGACCUUGGUGAAGAUCCAGAACAACAGCUUCACCGGCACGCUGCCGGACCAGAUAUCCCCCAACAUUUCACGGAUUGAGAUGGGCGACAACAUGUUAUCCGGCUCCUUCCCGGCCUCUGCACCAGGGCUCAUGGUGCUCCAUGCCGAGAACAACCGGCUGGGCGGCGAGCUGCCGUCUGACAUGAGCAAGCUCGCCAACCUUACUGACUUGUACGUGCCCGGCAACCGGAUCUCUGGCUCCAUCCCAACAUCGAUCAAGCUGCUGCAGAAACUAAAUUCACUCAACAUGAGAGGCAACCGGCUGUCCGGCGCCAUACCGCCGGGGAGCAUCGGGCUUCUCCCAGCACUGACGAUGCUUGACCUGUCCGACAAUGAGCUCACCGGCAGCAUCCCGUCAGACGUAAGCAACGCGUUCAACUUGCUUAACCUGUCAUCAAACCAGCUCACCGGCGAGGUGCCGGCGCAGCUGCAGAUCGCGGCCUACGACCAGAGCUUCCUCGGCAACCGGCUCUGCGCCAGGGCGGACUCAGGCACGAACCUCCCGACGUGCCCAGGCGAAGGCCGGGGAAGCCACGACGAGCUUUCCAAGGGACUGAUCAUCCUCUUCGCCCUGCUCGCUGCCAUUGUCCUCGUCGGCAGCGUCGGCAUUGCGUGGCUGCUCUUCCGGCGCCGGAAGGAGAGCCACGAGGUGACGGACUGGAAGAUGACGGCGUUCACCCAGCUCAACUUCUCCGAGUCGGACGUGCUCAACAACAUCCGCGAGGAGAACGUGAUCGGCAGCGGCGGGUCCGGGAAGGUGUACCGGAUCCACCUCGGAAACGGCAACGGCAACGGCAGCCAUGACGAGGAGCGCGGCAUCGGCGGCAGCGACGGCAGGAUGGUCGCCGUGAAGAGGAUAUGGAACUCGAGGAAGGUGGACGAGAAGCUGGACAAGGAGUUCGAGUCGGAGGUGAAGCCAGGAAGCCAAGCUGCUGGUGUACGAGUACAUGGAGAACGGCAGCCUGGACCGGUGGCUGCACCACCGAGACCGGGAGGCGCCCCGCGCCCGCUGGACUGGCCGACCCGGCUCGCCAUCGCCGUCGAUGCGGCCAAGGGGCUCAGCUACAUGCACCACGACUGCGCUCCCCCGAUCGUGCACCGCGACGUCAAGUCCAGCAACAUCCUGCUGGACCCGGACUUCCAGGCCAAGAUCGCCGACUUCGGGCUCGCCCGGAUCCUCGUCAAGUCCGGCGAGCCCCAGUCCGUGUCAGCCAUCGGUGGGACAUUCGGGUAUAUGGCUCCAGAGUAUGGGUACAGGCCAAAGGUGAACGAGAAGGUGGACGUCUACAGCUUCGGCGUUGUUCUGCUAGAGCUUACAACCGGCAAGGUCGCCAACGACAGCGGCGCGGACCUCUGCCUGGCGGAAUGGGCAUGGCGGCGGUACCAGAAAGGCGCGCCGUUCGACGACAUCGUCGACGAGGCCAUCCAGGAGCCGGCCUACAUGCAGGAUAUCCUGUCGGUGUUCACGCUCGGCGUCAUCUGCACGGGGGAGAACCCGCUGACGCGGCCGUCGAUGAAAGAGGUCAUGCACCAGCUCAUCCGGUGCGAACAGAUCGCCGCUGAGGCGGAGGCGUGCCAGGUGAGCUACGAGGCCAGUGGCGGUGGCGGCGGCACACCGCUCCUCGAGUCGAGCAAGAAAGGCAGCCGGCGACGGAGCAUGUCUGAUUCCGGCCGAUGGAACGACGACGACGACGAGGACAGCGGCAACUUCGUUGUGCACGUGUAG